AAUCCAUUCUUGUACCGCUUCCCUGAAAAGCUUUUCAGUAAAUGCACUCAUGCUACUACAGGAGCUUCUCUCAGCAAUAAGCCACCCAUCUGCCAUCAACAAGUUAGGACUAAAGGAAGCCACAGCUGCGGAAAAGGAAAACGUGAGCUUCGAUUAACCAGCUGAGCAGCCACAGAGGACGAAAACUUGUAUUAAGAUUUAAAAAUUGCAGACCUGUCAGAGGAGAUCAAGGCAGCAAUUUCAAAAGGAAUAUUCCAAGAGAGCAUCGUGGAUUUUGCACUAAUAUCAAAGGACACUAAACCCAGUCAAUUAUUCAAGGCUGUCUUACGUUAGAGCCUUUCACAGACUCACGGCGUUGAGUCUCAAACUACGACUGAAUGCACCCUCCAAUGUACUCAAAAGAAUGGGCUUACAUUUCAAGUGGCCAUUAGGGGCUCGUAUGCUGGCAGCACUAUAUGCAAUGAGUAUGGUUUUAAAAAUGCUGCCUGCCUUGGGCAUGGCUUGUCCACCAAAAUGUCGCUGUGAGAAGCUGCUCUUUUACUGUGACUCUCAGGGGUUUCACUCAGUGCCAAACACCACUGAAAAGGGCUCGCUAGGUUUGUCACUGAGGCACAAUUAUAUUUCUGAACUUGAAAGGGAUCAAUUUGCAAGCUUCAGUCAACUUACUUGGCUUCACUUAGAUCAUAAUCAAAUUGCAACAGUCAGAGAAGAUUCUUUUCAAGGACUGUAUAAACUUAAGGAAUUAGUCUUAAGUUCCAACAAAAUCUUUCAUUUGCCAAACACAACUUUUAGCCAGCUGCUUAACCUGCAGAAUUUGGACCUCUCUUUUAAUCAGUUAUCCUCUCUGCACCCCGAGCUCUUCUACGGCCUUCGCAAGCUACAGACCUUGCACUUGCGAUCCAACUCCCUGCGGACCAUCCCGGUCCGCCUGUUCUGGGACUGUCGUAGCCUGGAAUUCCUGGAUUUGAGCACAAACCGCUUACGAAGUUUGGCUCGCAAUGGAUUUGCGGGAUUAAUCAAGCUGAGGGAGCUGCACCUAGAGCACAACCAGCUGACAAAGAUUAAUUUUGCUCACUUCCUCCGGCUGAGCAGCCUGCACACACUCUUCUUGCAGUGGAACAAAAUUAGCAACUUGACAUGUGGGAUGGAGUGGACCUGGGGCACCUUAGCAAAGCUCGAUUUGACUGGAAACGAAAUCAAAGCCAUCGACCUCACCGUCUUUGAAACUAUGCCUAACCUUAAAACCCUCCUCAUGGAUAACAACAAGCUCACCACUCUGGAUUCCAAGAUCCUGAGCUCGCUGAAAUCCCUCACCACCGUGGGCCUCUCUGGCAAUCUGUGGGAAUGCAGCCCAAAGAUCUGCUCCUUGGCCACAUGGUUGAGUGGCUUCCAAGGUCGGUGGGAGCACUCCAUCCUCUGCCACAGCCCCGACCACACCCAGGGAGAGGAUAUUCUGGAUGCAGUAUAUGGUUUUCAGCUUUGCUGGAAUUUAUCGACUGUGGUUACCCCCGUGGCUACGACGUCGUACACAGCUCCAACUACCGAGUACACGAAAAGAAUAAGCUCUUCUCAUUUCCAUGUGGGAGACAAAGAGAUUCCAACUACAGCAGGCAUGGUCGUUACCACCGAAGAACAGUUCCCUGAGCCAAACAAUGCCAUCUUCACUCAGAGGGUAAUUACAGGAACAAUGGCUUUAUUGUUUUCUUUCUUUUUUAUCAUUUUUAUAGUGUUCAUCUCCAGGAAGUGCUGCCCUCCCACACUAAGAAGAAUUAGGCAGUGCUCAAUGAUUCAAAACCACAGGCAGCUCCGAUCCCAAACGCGGCUGCAUAUGGCCAAUAUGUCAGACCAAGGACCCUAUAACGAGUACGAACCCACCCACGAAGGACCCUUCAUCAUCAUCAAUGGCUACGGACAGUGCAAGUGCCAGCAGCUGCCCUAUAAAGAAUGUGAAGUAUAAUACCUACAGCCCAUCACAAAGUAAAUCAGAUAAGUAACCUACUUGAAAAUUGUAGGGACCUACAUCAGAUUCUAAUUUUUACAAAUGUUGACAUAAAGCCUAAUUUUCCAAGCUACUUAAUGGAAACAUUGUUUAUGGAGCGGUGCAGUAUUUUUAAGUUUUUUAAAAAAUAAAUCCAUAAUAUUUUCAGUGUUAAAGAAGCAAUGAUUACAUUCAACUUGCACUCCUAAUGUUUAAAAGUCUAAAGAGAUGCUCACCUCAAACGAUGUAAAAUGUUUCAUGUUAUGUAAUUAUAUGACUGUGUGUAAACAUUUAUACCCGAGUGUCCAUAUUCUACUUUUUCUACUGCAAUCAGUCUUAGGGGAAGGAGACUGGAUAUCUGUGCAGGGAUCUGUGGGGGACGUGUGCUCCAUUUGUUCCACUGCAGCUGGAGGAUCCCAAACGCUGCAGCUGGCUCCGGGCACUUUAAGGGCAGCCCGGGAGGAAGAUUAUCCUCCUCUGAGCAUUUCACUCCAGUAAGGGAAGGGAGGGAAAACAAAAGGAAAAAAAAAAAUAAAGAGGAACAAAGGUCCAGGUGGGAAUUUCAGUGCACUGGGGUGAAUUUAUCUGAAAUACGGUUUUGCUCUGUGAAUAUUCAUGGUGUUCAUGGCUCAGCUUGCUGAAAGGGACGGCAGGCACAGAAAGGAGCAGUUCACACAGCACACACAGGGACACACAGCCCCAGACAGGAUGUGCACACACACAGGGCCACACAGCCCUGGGCAGAACGGGCACACACACACACACACUCAGGAGCAGAAUGGGCACACAGCCCCAGCAGGAUGGGUGCAUACACACACACAGAGUUCCAGGCAGGACAGGCAGACACACACUCCCAAGCAGGAUGGGUACACCUCCAGGAACAGGAUGGGCACAAACACAGCCCCAGGCAGGAUGGGGACACACACACACAGAGCCCCAGGCAGGAUGGGCACACACACAGGAACAGGAUGGGCACACACCCCCCCAGGAGCAGGACAGCCCUCUCUGUGUCCCCAGAUUGGCACUGCAGCUUCUUUAGAGAGGCUCAGCACGCUGAGAUCGAUUGAAAAUAUUAAGUACAUUCAGUCCUCGACUCCCUGGUUUCACUUGAUGAUACUUUUCAUGAAUUCAGGCUAAUUACUUAAUGAUGAUGAACAAACAGCAUUUCAGCACCUUUUCAUGUGUAAAUACCCUUAAUGCAAGGUUCUCUUAAUUAAAAGCAAAUAUCAACAGCAAGGUUAAGGAGAAGAGGGAAGGAAGAAAGGAAGGAAGGAAGAAGCCUCUCUUUGUCCCCCUGGUGCCCCCCCAGCUGAGGCUUCCUCUGGCUGGGAAGCUAUUUUCAUGCACUAACUCCACUGGUUUCUCUGGAGACAGAAUUAGCCCCUGUAAUAUAAGCUCUCACUUGUCCUCCUCUUCUAAAAUUCAAGAUAAAAAAAGACCCCUUCUGAUAAGUUAGGAGAAUAUGAUUAGUUUAUAGAAUAGUUCACUGAAAAAUGUUUUAUUUCUUACUCAAUAUGGGACAGAAUCUAAACUAGUAUGACUUUUUAAAAAAUCAUAUAUAAAUAUAUAUACACACACACACCUCAUUCUAAGAGGCAAUUUGAUUUCUUUAGCCAGAAGUACCAUAUUGCUAUUUAUACUCUAUUAUGGAAUUAUAUGUAAAUAUUUGCAGAUCUAUGCAGUGAUGGUGGUACUCAGAUGCCACGAGGGUGGGGGGGUGGGGGGUCUGCAAAGGAUUACAUUAUUUUUAAGUCAACUGCUCAAAUAUUGUACACAUUCUAACCAAAGCUAAAAGAUUCAGAGGGAUGGAGAAUUAUUUUAUAUAUAUAUACAUGUAUGUAUAACUAAAAAAUGUGUUGUGUCCAAUGCUGCAGUGUUAAACAAUUACCAGCACACCCUGAUGAAGAAACAAAAUUCCUCACAGUGUUGCCAUACUUUGACCAAAUCCAUAAUUACAGUAUGCUAAUUGUGAUGUACUAAACUAUCCUGCAAACUUUUUAAACAGAAAAACCACUGCACAAAAAUCUGUUUGCUAUUUCACUCUGCUUUUCUCUCUGUAUUACCACUUAGUGAGGUAUUUAGGGUGCAAUUAUACAACAGUUUGAUGCUUUCUUGUGAGAUGAACAUGUCCAAGGCAAUUAUAGCAAGAUACGUAGCUUCUCUUAAGAUUUUACAUAAAGGUUUUUCAAUUGCUGAUUUUGAAGAACUAAUUUGCAUCAUUUUACUUUUACGUACAGUGCCCUAAACAUAAAGCCAAUAUUUUGUUUACUUCCCUUGACUUUGUACUUAAUGGAAGAGAUGAUCCAGUGAAGCCUAAUGGAUUUCCAUAGAGAUAUCUUUGAACUCUUGUAACUGUUAAUACUAAGAUGAGUCCAUUUACACCUGUUCUGGGAAAUUAAUUACUGCUUUUAACUGACUACAAAAAAUCCUGCAGGGUGGGUAGACAAAGAGCAGAUAUUCUGGAUGAUUAAAUCCCACAUGAGGCAGAAGGGCAGAGCUAAACUGAGAAACACAAACCCAUCUUGGUCCCCAGGGGUAUUUAGGUGACUGUAGGAAGAUUUGCUUUGCUCCUUCCCAUAACUAAGUGCUCACAGCUCUCCUGAGGCCCAGGAUGCUGCUCUAGGAGCAGGUGAGCAGUGAGUGGGCAUCCCUGUCCCUCCCCCUGCACUGGCUGGCACAGGCCAGCUGGGGAGGAGGCACUUGGGGAUGACUUCCACCUACAGCUGCAGGGUACCAGCACAAAGUUAUCACCGAGCUUGUUAAUUAUCCUGGCAACCAAAUAACCUGGCUGAGCUGCCAUCCCCAAUCAGAUGUCAGCACUGAACCCUGACAGCCUCAGCUGUGUUUGCAGGAAGCAAUCCCAGACACCCUGGCUGUCAGACAGUUCAAGGGGUACCACCUCAGUCUUCCACACAGGAAAGAGAAGAAGCUGCUUGAGGAGGAGCUGAGGUUCCUCCAGGAGCUGCUUUCCUAACAGCCCAGCUCUGUACUACUCCAUCUCUGUGAGCUUUUAAUUCCACCCAAGAAGAGCAAAGACAGAUGCUCCAGCAAUGCUGCAUUCAACCCUCUUCCCCAUCCCUGCCACUCACAGUGAUUUUUCCAAGCAUUGAAGCACCAUUCCAGUGCCCCUCCAGGCAAACCCACCCAGGCACCCAAGGUUCCACUGGUCCCGAGGUGCUUGGCUUGCAGACAGCAGAGCAGGAGGCGAGCAGGGAAGCCCAGCACCGUCCCGUUCCCUCUCCAUACUUCACACUAAUCCACAGCCAGUCUCCCAAAUGCUGUGCUUUACGUCUGCUAUUUCCAAACCCAUUUGUUGCCAGGUUCCAGGCAUAAGCAAAGCAAUUCAGCAAACAUUACAUUUAGGGUAACAGGUAUCAUAAAACUCGCAGAAUGCCAAGCAGCAGCAGUGAAGUCAAUGUGAAUUCCCUGCGGAGGGACAGCGAGCACCAGGCAGAGCCAUUCUCUGCACAAGGACACAGCCACAGGCUGUUCAUAUUUUUUAUUUUAAAGUUACUGUCUUCCAUUUGCAAUUGCUUGUGACUCUUCCAGGCAAGGAGGGGAUUGAAAUAAUUGUGCUACUCAGCAGUCCCCGAUUUAUUUUGUUGAUAGAACAAGAACCACGAUGAUUUGGUUUAAAUUAAUUGUAUUUCAGUACAAGCACUGGCUGAUGACAGGAGCUUGUUAACCUGCCCUCCCCAAACAGCAUCUCUGCUGCACAGCCUCGGUUUGUACAGAUUCUACACUGCUUACAGGUGCUUCAACACCUCCAGGCACAACCUUAGAGGUCUUUGGGUCUUUUAGAAACAGAAUUUCUUGCACUGCCCUUGAAGUUCUUGGACUAUCCAAAGAUCUCCUCCAUCCUUGCUGAUAUCCAGGCAGCUUCCCCUGCUCCUCACCCUUGCUUCAGUGAAAUGAAAACCCAGCAGCACAAGUUCAGCUUUUGAGUCAUUCUCCUGGAACAGGCUGAAUUAAUGCUCCCAGUUAGUCUCCCUGCAUUAGAUCAGUGUUUAAAUGCACACAAGUAAAAAUGACUCGAUGAAGGGUGAAAUGGGUGAGUGUUCAGUCUCCAGCUGAAGUGCUCCUCUGCACUGAGCUCCCUUUCCUUAUCAGAACAAAACAUAAUGAAUGCUGCUCCAUCAGUGUUUGGUUUUGUUUGUUUCUCCCCCAAGCAGAAAUGAUCCGAUUUUUCAGUGAUCAGCCACAUGCAAAUCUGAGCUUCUGUCCCAUUACCCCCUUACAAGACAGGAGCCUAUUGCUACCCUGUAAAAUCAGAAACAUCCCGUGGCUUUAAACCAGAAACCUGCACUACGCAUUUAUUUUUAAUGUGUCUAAGAUUAUUUCCAUUAAAGUAAUGCAGAAAUUAAGUUGAUUUAAUUUUGUGAUCGGUGUAGCUAUCAAAAUCCAUCUGUUCAGACCUAUGAAACUUACCCAGGAGCUGAUUUUCAUCUUUCUUAUGAAGUUUUCCAUAAAAAUUAAAAAAGUUCAGAGGGGGAUACAGUAUUUCUCCUCCCGCCCAAAAGGAAUAAGCAAGGAGACAACAGAAACCAAAGGCAGCAGCUCCUCCCUCCCCACACCUUCCUCCACUGCAAAUGUCCCAGAUGCUAAAAUUGGUGCUGGGCUUUGCUUUUUAAGGCACCACGUUAGCAGGAUGCUUAGAGAUAAUUUCAGAAUCAGCUGGAAAUUCAGCAUUUCGCAUCUUGUGUAAAAAUCUUCUGAGAGGCAUCUAGGGAAAGGCACCAGAAGCUUUGAGGGGUAUAGUCAGGCCUCAGAUGGGGUGAAACAGCGUUGUACACCCCUGUGUAAGCACCAGGAAGGUACACCUGCCAUCUCCCAACUACUCCUUUGUAAAAAGCCAAACAAAACUCACCCCAUUUUAUUUUUUACUAAUGAAAACACUAGUAAGUGAACUAUUCUACCAGCUUAGCAACCCAUGAUUACAGAGAGUCCUAGAUGCAUUGUGUUUAAAUUACGUUUCAAGAGCCAAGUUCUGGUGGGAGGGGGCGUAAGUAAUGGAGUAAAACAAGUGCAGUGUACAGAAGCAUUUUGUUAUUAAAAUUGUGUAUACUGUAAAA